CUCGUGACGGAGAAAUACUCUCUCGAUGAAAAAUACAAAGGACCGACCACCACUGUAAACAUGCGCACCUGUGAGGGUGUCAACUUGAAGGCAUGCUGCACCACUCAUCCAUUGCGCUGUAUUAAUGUCCCCCCAGGCCCAACGGAUAGCGACUCUCACGGCGACUCUAUCUGCUUCGACUCCUACCUUCAGACCAUUUCUGAGGAUCCCCAGGUCAUCAUGGAGUCGCCUUUUGUUGAUGUUAUCAAAAAAAUCCCGUCAACGUGGUGAGUGAAAGACACAAUCUCUGUUUGAGUCACUCCGCAUUCUUGAUUCAGGGACGAGACGCGAGUUCUGGAGCCAUCGGUGAUCGGGAGCUGGCCGUCAUUGUACGCAAGAAAGACGACGAAUGGUUCCUGGGGGUGCUGAGUGGAUCGAAGAGGAUGGUGGCGAGCUUUGGCGGAGCUCGCGGUGAGUGAACGGCAGCAGCGCGAAUCGGCAUUGUGUCUUCCUCCCCCCCCUUGAUUUUCACUG